UGACAUACACGGAAGUCUUUAGCGCUCUCAUACUGGAUGUAGACAUGUGUUGCCUGAAUGACCUCCAUCGCUGUAUGGUUCAAAUUAUUCAUGUUUUUCUACUGCAGGCAAUUUUGAUUCAAGCUUAAAUUAAACUACUACGUUGUGAUCAUUUAAAUGGAACCCAAUUUGGAAUACUGGCAUAACAACGGGAAGUCUUUCCUAAGCAGACUUCGCAUCUGGUUGAAUAUUCUUGACCCCAGCUCUAUCCUGUCCUCUGAUAGUGAAAUUGAAAAUGCUCGUUCUCUGAUCAGAAGGGAAGGGAAGCAGCUAAAGAAUGAAAAGGUCUCCAAUGCCUGGAUUCUUUCUCUUUCCUCUGUGCAUGCUGAUACUGGAGAGCCGAUUUCCGCUGUGUUUCGUCCACAAGCUUUUCUGCCUGUAUCAGCUCCUCUGAUCAUAGCAAGUUUUGUGCCACAUAAAGGAGUGACACCUGCCCUGUUUUGGCAGUUUAUGCUGCAGAGCUACUGUGCAGGUUUCAACCAGGCCAACAGAAAUGCAACAGCCACGCCGGAGAACAAGCCCUCAAUGAAACAGGCUCUUCUUAUCACCGGAACAGUGGCAUAUUCAACAUUUGCAGGGGCCCUUCCUCAAAUUAUAAUCCAGCGCCUGGCAAUCAGCAGUCGUUCAGCUCAGGCCUUCUGUAGGUCAGUGCUGCCAAUUCCUCUGUCAGCUUGUUUGGCUGCCUUCAGCGUCUUCGUAGUGAGAAGUGAGGAAUCAGAGAAUGGAAUAAAAGUCUUUGACUCCAAUGGGAAUUCAGUUGGUGUCUCAAAGGAAGCUGGAUUCAAGGCUGUAAAGGAGACUGCUAUAUCUCGAGCAACUCUUUUUGGUACCACUGCAGUUGUUCCUAAUCUACUGGUCUUCCUUCUCAAGAGGGCAAAGUUGGCCCAAAGAAACCCAAUGAUGCUUGCUCCUGUCAGACACAUCAGCACUGCCAUUGUCUUUGGCUUGAUGAUCCCUGUGUCCUUCAGUCUGUUUCCACAACUUGGCAAGAUUAAAAAGGAGCAUGUAGAAAAGGAGCUGCAAAGCUUAACAGAUGAUGGGGAGCUGUUUUACCACAGAGGUCUCUAACUGUCACCUUAAAAACCAUCAAACAUAUUGCACAAUCUAGCUUCCUAAAGAGCUUGUAUUUGGAAACGUGUCUGGAAAAAGAACACAUUAAACACCCCCAAUUACAAUUUCAAUUACUUAAAUGUAGUAAUUUUCUUUGCUUUUUCCAAAGCAACUUAAUAAUUAAGACAGGAUACAGUGCAACUAUAAAGCUGAACAGAUGAGGUCAUUGCUAAAGGGCCCAGCAGUGGUUCUGUCUGUUCUAGGACUGAAGCCUGCACUUUUCCCAGCACUGCAGAUGAACUGUAAUCACUAAAGCAACACUGCUCUCCUACAGACAUACUCACAAUAAUAACAUCAUUCAAGUUGUAUUUAAUAAAGCCAUAUUAAAACCAAA